GUACGUCCGUAUCGACAUACCCACUUCUCUGUUAAUCCCUGCAAAAAAGUUUCAACAUCGACCUUCUUUUCAACUUGGAUUGACCCUAAGCUUAUCAAAGCUCAUUCCUCAACAUCAACACAUCGAGAUUUGGCCGUCAAGCGAAAUUCGGACCGUGAAGCUAAGUUAUUGGGCUCAUAAGUUUGAUUAGAUAUGUUUGCGGUACCAGGUUGGGCCGUGUCCGCGGACAAUCUCAAAUCAGAGACCGCGGUAGUUCCUAAGGCGACCCCGGAUGAAUCUACAGAUUCCAAGAAGCGCAAGAGGCCAUCUGGACCUAAUGUCACGUCAUCCAAUGUUGCAGAUCUUUGGGAACGGGUCAUUGAAGGACGAUCAGGAAAGAAGGCUAAAUCUGAUAAAGAUCACGGUGGUGAGGGUGGACCUACAGAGCGCCCACGGAAACUAACUCUGAAGGAGAAAAAGAAGUUGAAGAAAUUGAAGCUGCAGGAAGAAGCUCAGAAAGCUGUGGGUAACAGUGAAUCUGUUGAGACCAGCAAUGAUGCCAUAACGGGCAGGGAGGUAAAGGAAAAGAAAAAGAAGAAAUCCAAGGAUCGCAAAGAAAAUGAAGCAACAGUCCAAGCAACCCAGGCCUCUGCUCCUCCGGAAGCGCCGAAGCUGACGCCCAUGCAAGCCGCGAUGAGAGAGAAACUCGUGUCCGCCCGGUUCCGCCAUCUCAACGAGACUUUGUACACGAAGCCAUCAGAGGAGUCGUUUAAACUGUUCCAGGACUCGCCCGAGAUGUUCCAGGAGUACCACGAGGGCUUCCGGCGGCAAGUCGAGGUCUGGCCCGAGAACCCGGUAGACGGGUAUAUCAAGGACAUCCAGCUACGCGGCAGCCAGAAGCCCCCCCACCGGUCGCGACACGGGCCCUCGGCACCGCCGCCCCAAAGCUCCAGCAACGUCGCCCCGCUCCCGCGCACCAACGGCACCUGCACGAUCGCGGACCUAGGCUGCGGCGACGCGAAGCUAGCCGCGGCCCUGCAGUCCUCGGCCAAGAAACUGCGUCUCACGCUGCUGAGCUACGACCUGCAGAGCACCAGCAGCCCGCUCGUGACGAAAGCCGACGUCGCGAACCUGCCGCUGCCCGACGGCGCCGUCGACGUCGUCGUCUUCUGCCUCGCGCUCAUGGGCACCAACUGGCUCGACUUCGUCGAGGAGGCCUACCGCGUCCUGCGCUGGAAGGGCGAGCUGUGGGUCGCCGAGAUCAAGAGCCGGUUCGGACAGGUCGGCGGCGGCGCCAAGGGCAAGAAGAAGGCGGCCGGCGCGCCCGUCGAGCAUAGCGUCGGGAAUAGGAGGAAGGUUAACGGGAAGAAGCCUAAGGGAAGGGAUGCGGAGGGCGCGGACGGAGAGGAGGAUGAGGCGGAGUUGGCUAUUGAGGUCGACGGCGCGGAUGACAAGAGAGAUGAGACGGAUGUCUCGGCGUUCGUCGAAGCUCUACGGAAAAGGGGGUUUGUCUUGCAGGGCGCAGUUGACCUGAAGAACAAGAUGUUUGUCAAGAUGCAUUUUAUCAAGGCGGCGUCGCCGACCGUUGGAAAGGGGGUUGCUACGUUAAAGGAGCCCAGUCGGGGAGUUGGCCCGAAGAAGAACGGGGUCAAGUUCAUCGAUAUGAAAGAAGAUCAGGCUAAGCCGGAAGAGAGCUCUAUUCUGAAGCCCUGUGUCUAUAAGCUGCGAUAGGCAAGCUAAUCUGUUAUCCAUACCAGAUAUCCUUCACCUUCCCACGUCAUGUGAAUAUAUCUAGCCUGCAAUAGCUUUAAUUAGGGGAACCCAGGAGUAUCUGCUCGAGUUUAGGCCAAUGAUGUCGUGUUCGGCGACCUGUUCUAAAGCCCUGCGGGCCGCAUGCAAAAUUCCUGCCAGUUUCCUAUAGAGCGCCAUCUACUAACUAAUAUCGAGUGGUGAGAACCCACACCUAACCCCGCCAUGUUGCCAGGG